AUGGCGUCGACGACCCAGAAAGCCCUACUGAAAGCCGCAGAGAUGGCUAUCACUUACGUCAACAAAUUCCCUGAUACGUUAGACGAUGAAGGGAAACAGGAGGUAAAAAGCGUUUUGACUUCGAUCAAGAAAUUGAAAAAGGAGCUGUUGAAGAUCCCGACGGUAAAGGUCGGAGAUCUGAGUAGCAAGUCAGUUCAUAAGCUUUUUGGUCUUACUCUCGAUGAUACCGAACCGUUCGACUGGCAGAAGGCUGCGUUUGAGGGGUUCAGCAUGUAUAUCGAAAAGGGCUCACAGGAAAUGCAACAUGAUGGUUUAGAUUGGACUCUAAAGGCAUAUGAGAAGACAUACAAGCGAGCUCCUUGGAAUGAACCUGUCGCAAGAACGCGACUGGAUGAUGCCCUCCUUCUGACGACUACUUUCAUCCUCGGGGCAUAUGGAAAGCCUGGUACAGUUGGAGUAAACCUGCAGUUUGAAACAUCACUUACAUGGACGACGAACAAGAAGCGAGUGCAAGGUCUUGCCGAUUAUACCCUUUUUUACGAUGAUCCCUCAAAGAACGCAAGCAAUCUGCUGGUCAUAGAGGCGAAGAGACGGGAUGAGUUUAACCGUGGCCCAGCAGAGCUACUCGCUUACAUGGCGAUGGUGGUCAAUGCAAGACUUAUUGCCGGGGAUGGGGAAAACGCAGGUGUUUUCGGUCUAUUGUCGGAUGGAUACACCUUCCAUUUCUAUCGGCUCUCCUGUAAGAUGAGGUAUACCGUGCACAUCCUGCUUUGGGACAUGGGAGUAACUUAUCAGUGUGGUAUUAAGGGUCUCCUCUCAUACAUCAUCUUGGAGGCUGUCAAUAUGGCGGCAGAGUCGAGAAAGAAGGUUCGCCAUCCUUCAGACUUGUCGAUGUCGCCAGUGGAGUCGAUGGAGGUCGAUUAG